GAGCCAUUGUUAUUGUUUUUGACUUCACGUACAGUAAAUGGGGCAAAGGUAACGGGAACGAAUCCCUUUCUGGAGUUGAAUGCACUCAUCGAGUUUAGUCAGUAAAGUAUCCAAAAGACUCUCGAUAGUUUUACCGAGCAGAUUCGCAGUCCUUUCAGCUUCUGGAUUAACUACUGCAGUCACUUUGUCAGCUGAAUCAGUGCAGUAUACAUGGAUAAUCAGGUGUUUGAGUCCAGCGCAGAACGGACAUUUCAGUACCAGAAGAGCCUCCCUCCUCUGCCCGUGCCCGCGCUGCGCGACACCCUCAGCAAAUACCUGGAUGCAGUGAAACCUUUUGCAUCUGAGGAAGAGUUUGGAGCCACGGUAGCCAUUGUUAAGCACUUUGAGGAAGGAGUUGGGCAAGAGCUGCACCAGAAGCUUCUUCAGAGAGCCAAGAGCAAACGUAACUGGCUAGAGGAAUGGUGGCUGGACACAGCAUAUCUAGAGGUGCGCAUCCCCUCUCAGCUCAAUGUGAAUUUUGGGGGACCCACAGCUUAUCUGGAGCACUGCUGGCCUCCACAAGAAGGUACGCAACUCGAGAGGACCAGUGUGGUUUUGUGGCUCACCUUGCAGUACUGGGAUCUUAUCCGCACGGAGAGGUUGGCUAUUCAUAAAGCAGGAACAAUACCCUUUGACAUGGAUCAGUUCCGCAUGCUCUUCUGCACCUGCAAAGUUCCUGGCAUCACAAAAGACACCAUCCUCAACUUCUUCAAAACAGAGAGUGAAGGACCCUGCCCGUCUCAUGUGAUAGUGAUGUGCCGUGGGAGGAUUUUCACAUUUGAUGCCCUCUGUGAUGGACGGAUCCUCACUCCUCCAGAGCUGCUGAGGCAGCUGACGUACAUUAAAAACUGCUGUGAUGGAGAGCCGGAGGGAGACGGAGUGAGUGCGCUCACCACUGAGGAAAGAACACGCUGGGCAAAGGCUCGGGAAUAUCUGAUCUCCAUUGAUCCUGUGAAUAAGACCGUGCUAGAGACCAUUCAGAGUGCUUUAUUUGUGGUCGGUCUGGAUGAUGCCAAACUAACGCCACACCUGAAAAACUACACACAGUUGACUGAUCUGGCGUUGACUGGUGACCCCACAAACCGAUGGGGAGACAAAUCUUACAACCUCGUUUCCUACUCAAAUGGGAUCUUCGGCUCCAACUGUGAUCAUGCACCAUAUGAUGCCAUGGUUUUGGUGUCUAAUGGAUACUACAUAGAUCAGAAAACGAAAGGCUGUGGUGGAGUGUGGAAGGGUUCAGAGGUUGUGCGUGAGAUGCCUGUGCCGGAGGAGCUGAUAUUUACUGUAGAUGAGCGAGUCAGAAGAGACAUCGCUCUGGCUAAAGAACAGUACAGCAAAAGUUGUCAGGACCUGCAGGUUGUCAGCUACGCCUUCACCUCGUUUGGAAAGACUGCCAUUAAAAAGAGAAAGCUUCACCCUGACACGUUUGUCCAGCUGGCUCUACAGUUAGCAUACUACAGACAACACGGACAGCCAGGCUGUUGUUAUGAAACAGCCACCACUCGCCGCUUCUUCCAUGGCCGCACUGAGACCAUGAGGCCCUGCACUGUAGAGGCUCAGCACUGGUGCAAAACCAUGAUGAACCCUGCGGCUACUACUGAAGAGAAAAGACAUGCAUUACAUGCAGCUGUCAGCAAACACAACAAGUUGAUGGCAGAGGCUCAGGAUGGGAAAGGCAUUGACAGGCACCUGCUGGGUUUGUAUCUGAUUGCUAAAGAGAGCAGCAUUCCUGUGCCGGAGCUCUAUGCGGAUCCGCUCUAUACUAAGAGUGGUGGAGGGGGGCAAUUUUGUCUUUCCACUAGUCUGGUGGGCUACACUACUGUCCUGGGAGCAGUUGCACCAAUGGUCCCCCAUGGAUAUGGAUUUUUCUACCGCAUCCGUGAUGACAGAAUUGUUGCGUCCUGCACUGCUUGGAAGUCCAAUCCUGAGACAGAUGCUGAAACCCUGUUUCAAAACCUCUCCACGUCAUUACAUGAAAUGAUGCACAUCACGACCCAGUCUCAACUGUAACGCAGAGCAUUCUGGGAAAACAGUUAAACCCAGUGGUUUAGUUCUGCUGCUGUGUUGGACAGACGUAAAGUCUCAGACACAAGCUUCCCUGUAGAGCAACAUGGCAUCCUCACAGCUUCACUCAUAUGCACAAUUCAAAUAGGAGAUACUUAAUAAUUGUGGAGAAAUGUGAUGAAGUUAUUGUACGUUAUAAGGGUAGUUCACUAAAAAUUCCAAACAUGUUUGUUUUUCUUGUGUUAAGCACAAAAGACUAUAUUUUGAGUAAUAUGGAAAAUUAGCAGCCGCUGUGUUCCAUAUUAGAAAAUACUAUGGAUGUCAAUGGCUCCCGGUUUCCAGCAUUCUUCAAACUAUUUUCUUUUGCGUUCAACAGAACAGAGAAACUCAGUUGGGUUAGUCAAUAAUGACAGAAUUUGAAUCUUUAUGUGAACUAUCCCUUUAAAUGAACACAAAAUUUAAUUCAGCCAUUUCUACUGUGGAAGUAAGUAGUUACCAGUUUACAUUCUUCAGAAUAUCUUCUUAUGUGUUCAACUAAACAAAAAUACAAGUAAAGGGUGAAUUAUAAAUGACAGAAUUAAAAUUCUUUUUGGGAACUGUCCCUUAAAGAUGCUUUGCAACUGUCGUGUGCCUUCAGUUCAUCGUCUCUUAAUCACUUCAGUCAGGAAAUCCACCAUGACUUCUAAUCUCCAUUUUCUACUACAUUAACAGUAUUGUGUUCUGUGAUCGUCUACUAUCACAGGACUCUCAUGCAUAGUAAGUCCACUAGAAACAUUAACACAAUACAGACUGAUCAUAAGAUGACCUUUAAUGGGUGAUAAAUCAGCUGUCAUGUGUGUAAACUGUACUGAUUUCACAGUUUGAUUUCACAUUUUUAUCGCACAGAUCAAUGCAACAUGUAAUUCCUCUUUAUUUUCUUAAUUAGAAGAUUUUCAAAUGUAAAGGCUUUACAUGUUAGAGCCUACUGUAUGUCUUCUGCAUCAAUAUGCUAUAAAUGAAUGUUUUUAUAUUGUGUGGAUUUACAUGAUUAAAUCAUGUUUUUGUGUUUGAUAAUAAGUGUAGAUUUAAUUUGCACUGCUUUCCUUGUUCCUGGGAAAUAAACGUUCCCGAACGUUGUCGUUUUAACGGUUCAUUGUUGUUUUCUUAAUUGUAGGAAUUUUUUUUGUAAUCAUUCCACUUUGAAUAGCAAAUGUUGUCACGCAUGCAUGUAAAUUUGAAUGUGAACUGCCCACAGGUUUACUGAGAACACAGGAGGCGUCUCUUGAAUAUGCAUCAAUUGUAAACAUUUUACAGUAGCAAACUGAAGUGAUUUCAGACCUCAAAUCUAAUAAAGUUAUUUUGUGGAAAGCA